CCGCUCACUACGACCCUCGUCUCCUCCACCAGAAGAAGCGAAAAAGUACUCUCAUAUACACAACAAGAAGCUCAGGACGGACCUCGCCCGACAAUCCGCCCAGAAUGCGCGUUCCAAGCGGCUAGUCAAGGACGCAGAGCUCCUCCUUACCGAGGAGGCCGGUCUCAUGGAGGUCGACGGAGACCUCGAGAAGACUUGGAGGGUUGGCCAGGAUGAAAUUGCUGCUGCCGCAGGUCAGCAGGCUGCACAAGGCAGGCAGGAGUGGAAAUUGGACGGAGGUCCCUAUCGCGUACGGUACACCAAGAACGGAAGACACAUAGCUAUAGUUGGUAAAACCGGCCAUGUCGCUACCUUUGACUGGCAAGCAGGCACGAUGCACGCCGAGCUGCAGCUGCGAGAAACAUGUCGAGACAUCACGUUCCUGCAGGACCACUCCCACUUUGCGGUAGCCCAGAACAAGUAUGUCUUCAUUUACGACCGCGACGGCGUCGAGCUCCACAAGCUCAAGUCGCACAUCGAGCCUACGCGACUCGAGUUCUUGCCCUACCACUGGCUUCUGGUCUCUGUGGGUAACGCUGGGUAUCUCAAAUACCAAGAUACCUCGACAGGACAGCUCGUCGUAGAGCACCGGACCAAGCUCGGAGCGUGUCACACAAUGUGCCAGAACCCCCACAACGCCGUCAUUCAUCUAGGACAUCAAAAUGGGACCGUGACGCUAUGGACCCCGAACCUUCCUCACCCCGCCGUUCGCCUUCUCGCGCAUCUCGGGCCAGUCGCGAGCGUGUCCGUGGAUCCCAGUAGUGCUGGGAGAUACAUGGCUACUGCCGGGCAAGACGGUACGGUGAAGGUGUGGGAUUGCCGAAAUUGGAAGGGUGCGAUCAGGACAUGGAACGCGAGGGGGGGCAACGCGGUUAUAGACUGGAGUCAGAAAGGCGCACUGGGCGUAGCCACAGGCGGCAGCGUAAACGUUUACACUAAGCCCGCCAUCCAGACACCCUUCGCACCGGUGGUGGCACCGCCAUUGUACCUCACUCACCCCGUCCCACACCGCCCUCUGUCGUCUCUGAGGUUCUGCCCGUUUCAAGACAUCCUGACGAUCGGCCACUCCAAGGGAGUGUCGGGUAUACUCGUGCCUGGCGUGGGCGAGCCUAACUUCGACAGCUCGGAAGCGGAUCCGUUCGAGAAUAAGAAGGCGCGCCGCGAGCGCGAGGUCAAGAGCCUCCUCGACAAGAUCCAGCCUGACGCCAUCGUGCUCGAUCCCGACUUCAUCGGGUCGUUGGCGCCGCCGCCGAAGCUCAGCACAGCAGUCGACGGGCAGCAUGAUAUCCCGUACGCUAGGUUGCCGAGACACGAGCGGCUCAAGGUGUCGGGCAAGGCGGACGAGACUGAGGACGGUGACGAGGACGACACGUCGGAUGGACAGGGCGGAGAGGGAGAUGGGCAGGCGAGGAAGGGCGCAAGUAAGGCAGAGAAAGAGAAGAAGAAGAUGAGGGGGAAGAACAAGACCUUGAAGAGGUUCUUGCGCAAGCAGCGCAAGAACGUCAUCGACCCUCGAGCAGUCGCGGUGCGGGCGAAGCUGGAGAAGGAGAGGGAAGAGCGGCGGAAAGCCAAGGCCAUUGCGAGCGGGGCAGAACAGCCCCGCAAGCCUUCUGCGUUGGACCGAUUCAAGCGGUCCAGUUAAGUCACUUCGUUGUCGACUUAGACCUGCUGUACCGACGUAUCACUUUAUACUCGGACCUAUC